GGGAGGCCAUGGGGACCUGCAGUCGGGUCCGGCGGGAUGGGUCAGCAGUCGCCGGCCAGCGGGAGCCCCAGGUCUGAGGAAAGGGCGGCAGGGGCCAUGACCUCGGUGUGGAAGCGUCUGCAGCGCGUGGGCAAGCGGGCCGCCAAAUUCCAGUUUGUGGCCUGUUACCACGAGCUGGUGGUGGAGUGCACCAAGAAAUGGCAGCCGGACAAGCUGGUGGUGGUGUGGACCCGGCGGAAUCGACGCAUCUGCUCCAAGGCCCACAGCUGGCAGCCGGGCAUCCAGAACCCAUACCGGGGCACCGUGGUGUGGAUGGUACCUGAGAAUGUGGACAUCUCCGUGACCCUGUACAGGGACCCUCAUGUGGACCAGUAUGAGGCCAAAGAGUGGACUUUUAUUAUUGAGAAUGAGUCCAAGGGGCAGCGGAAGGUGCUCGCCUCGGCCGAAGUGGACCUGGCCCGCCACGCAGGGCCCGUGCCUUCCCAGGUUCCCCUGCGGCUGCGGCUGAAGGCCAAGUCUGUGAAGGUGGUGCAUGCGGAGCUGAGCCUCACCCUUUCAGGGGUGCUGCUGCGGGAGGGCCGUGCCACAGAUGAUGACAUGCAGAGUCUUGCAAGCCUUAUGAGCGUGAAGCCUAGUGACGUGGGCAACUUGGACGACUUUGCUGAGAGUGACGAGGAAGAGGCUAAUGGUCCAGGGGCCCCUGAGGCCCGGGCUCGUGUCCCCCAAUCAGAUCCCCCUCGGGAGCUGAAGACACUCUGUGAGGAGGAGGAGGAGGGCCGAAUACGGCCCCAGCAGGCAGCUGCCAGCCCUUCUAGUGCUGAGGAUACCAGCCCAGUGCCUGUGAGUGCCCCUGCGGCCCCAUCCAGGGCCUCCCGGGGCCAGGGGUCAGAACCAGCUGCUGUAGUAGGGGGCCAAGUGGGGCCUGAGGCUCCAAGGCCCCCGGGAACCCCACCAGAGACGAGGUCUUCAGGACAGCCAGGCCAGGACACGGCCCCCGCCCCAGCCCCUCGGCUCCGGAAAGGCUCUGAUGCCCCCUGGCCCUCAGUCCCCCAAGGGAAGGAUGAGGCCCCCAAAGCCUCAGGGGCUCGCCCAGCAGGGAUGGGUUCUGCUGGGGAGCCCCAGGCCCAGGCAAGCCCUCAGGAAGGGACAGAGGCUCAGGGAGCCAGGCCAGGCCCUGGCAUUGAGGGUGGAAGCUGCAGAGACUCUUUGGGUGGGCAGAAAGCCAAGGUUGAGGAGAGGGCCAUUGGGAACAGGCCAGAGGCCAUUGGGGUGGACACUGAGCAGGAGUCGGGAGUCAAGGGAGUGAACACUAAGAGGUCAGAGAUUAGAGCUGGGGAGGCUGAAGAGAGUUCAGAAGUUAGUCAAGUGGAUACUGAGCAGAGAGCAGACGUGAGAUAUGUGGACACUAAGGGACCAGAGGCUACAGGGCUGAUGUCUGAAGCAAGAUUCAAGGGGACUCCUGAGGCUCCUCCAAGGGGUUCUCAGGGGAAGACAGAGGUCAGGACCGGAGAUGAGUCUCCCACAGUUCAGAGCCCACCCCCAGCAGAGCCUGGAGGGCAUUCCAUACAUCUCAGUGACCCCAAGGGGGUCAGGGCUGCUGUAGGCCAGGAGAGAGAGGGUGCAGAGCUGAGGGAUGGAGCCUCUGGUGUUGGGAGGACAGGCCUGGAGCAGGGCCCCUCUAUUGGAGCAGCAAGCACCGGGCCCCAGGUGAGCAGGUACCAGGGGGCCCCACAAGCAGCUGAACAGGGGGUGAUGUCUAGGGAUCUGGGGGCCUGGGAGGCAGAAACUGGGGACUUGAAGGUCCUGGGAACAGAGACCAGGUUGGCAGAGUCAGAGGUAUUGGGGGCCCAGGAGAUAGAAGCAGGGGGAUCAGGGUUCCCAAAGAUAGAGACUAGGACAGCAGAAGCUGAGAUAUUGGGGGCCCAGGAGACGGAGGCUGCUGGGUUGGCAGUGUCUGAAGAAUUGGUGACCCAGAAAACAGAGGUGAGGGUUUCAGGGACCCUGGGGACGGAGACUGGGAUGGCAGAGUGUGAGGUACUGGGGACCCAGAAAACAGAGGCUGCAGGUUCAGGAGUUCUGGGAACAAACACUAAGAUGGAAGAGAGUGAGAUAUUGGGGACCCAGGAGACACAUGGGGGCUCAGGGGUACUGAAGACAGAAGCUGAGAUAGCAGAAACUACAGUGUUGGCAGCUCAGGAGACAGAGGUGGGAGGUCCUGGGGUACCAGAAAUAGAGGCUGGGAGGGCAGAGGCUGAGAUAUUGGGGACCUGGGAGACAGAGGUGGGGGUUUCAGAGGUCUCAGUGUUUAAAUCUGAGAUAUCAGGGACCCAGGAAACAGAGUUAGGGGGUCCUGAGGCUCCAGGGUUUGAGACUAAGACAACCAAAGCUGAAGUAUUGGGGACCCAAGAGAAAGCAUCUGGGGGUUCAGUGGUCCCAGGGAUGGAGACUGAGACAGCAGGGGCCCAGGAGACAGAGGUGGGAGAUUCAGGGGUCUCAGAGCCAGAGGUCGAAAGGGCAGAGGAUGAGGGACUGGGGACUCAACAGACAGAAACUAUAGUUUCGGAAGUUGAAAAGGCUAUGAUCUCGGGGGUCCCGGAGGCAGAGACUGGGCUCGGGGGGACCCUCAUAUACGAGGCUUUAAGGGUCCCAGCGACUAAGUAUAGAGUUUUAGGGUCCCAGGGAACAGAGGUAGAGACCAUAGUUUUGAGGGUCCAGGAGGCAGAGGCUGGGGUUUUGGAGGUUUCAGAGGCCAAGUCUAGGGUUUUGGGGGCCCAGGAAGCAGAGAUGGAAGUUUUAGGGCCUCCAGAGAACCAAUCUGGUAUUUUUGAGGCCCAAGAAGCAGAGGCUGGGGUCUCGGGAAUCGAGAAGGGAAAAGAAGCUGAGGGAAGCCUCCCAGAGGCCAGCCUGAUGGAGGCGCAGGUGGCCAGUGGGGCAGGGACUGAGGUGCCCAGGCCCUCAGGGACCUCUUCCCCAGAGGAGCCUGAAGAGGACAGGAGGCUGCCGGGCAGCCAGGUACCGGCUGCACCGGUCAGCUCCAGCCAGUCCCUACUGGAGUGGUGCCAAGAAGUCACCGCUGGCUACCGUGGCAUCCGCAUCACCAACUUCACUACGUCCUGGCGCAACGGCUUGGCCUUCUGUGCCAUCCUGCACCGAUUCUACCCAGACAAGAUUGACUAUGCCUCCCUGAACCCACUCAACAUCAAACAGAACAACAAGCAGGCCUUCGAUGGCUUCGCGGCCCUGGGCGUAUCGCGGCUGCUGGAGCCAGCGGACAUGGUGCUGCUGUCCGUUCCCGACAAGCUCAUCGUCAUGACGUACCUGUGCCAGAUCCGCGCCUUCUGCACGGGGCAAGAGCUGCAGCUGGUACAGCUGGAGGGCGGUGGCGGCGCCGGCACAUACCGCGUGGCCAGCGCCCAGCCCAGUCCGUCCGACGACCUGGACGCUGGCGGCCUGGCGCAACGGCUCCGUGAGCAUCGGGCCGAGGAGCCGAAGGAGGCCGUGAGCCGUGCAGACGGGGCGGCCCCUGAGGUGGCCUCCAAGGACUGCGGGGCCGAGACCGCCCAGGAGGCGCGCUCUGCAGAGGCCCCAGCGGAUGACCGCGAAGCCCGAGCGUUGGUGCCCCCGGCCGAGGGGCCGGUCAUUGGGGCCGGGGCCCCGGGCACAGGGGGUGGCGCGCGGCCGCGGCGGCCAUCCGUAAACGGGGAAGCUGGGCCGGUGCCCCCGCCCCGGGCGCAUGGCUCCUUCUCUCACGUGCGCGACGCCGACCUGCUAAAGAAGAGGCGCUCCAGGCUGCGGAACAGCAACUCCUUCUCUGUGGACGACGCGGACUCGGGAGCUGCCGGAACUGCGGCUGCGGAAGGCCUGAGCCCUGACCCCAGCCCUGCCCCCAGCCCACCCACAGCCACAGCCCCACAGCAGCCGCCUGGUGCGAGUCCCCCAUCAGAGGAUCCCCCGCCAAGCCCAGGGGAGGAGGCUGGGCUGCAACGGUUCCAGGACACAAGUCAGUACGUGUGCGCAGAGCUACAGGCCCUGGAACAGGAGCAGAGGCAGAUAGACGGGCGGGCAGCCGAGGUGGAGAUGCAGCUGAGGAGCCUCAUGGAGUCAGGUGCCAACAGGCUGCAGGAGGAAGUACUGAUUCAGGAGUGGUUCACACUGGUCAACAAGAAGAAUGCUCUCAUCCGGAGGCAGGACCAGCUGCAGCUGCUCAUGGAGGAGCAGGACUUGGAACGGAGGUUCGAGCUGCUGAGCCGUGAGCUACGGGCCAUGCUGGCCAUCGAAGACUGGCUGAAAACGACCGCGCAGCAGCACCGAGAGCAGCUUCUGCUGGAGGAGCUGGUGUCGCUGGUGAACCAGCGCGACGAGCUGGUCCGGGACCUGGACCACAAGGAGCGGAUCGCCCUGGAGGAGGACGAACGCCUGGAGCGCGGCCUGGAGCAGCGGCGCCGCAAGCUGAGCCGGCAGCUGAGCCGGCGCGAACGCUGCGUGCUGAGCUGAGACCCAGUCGCUGCCGGGGAGUCCUCAGCUUUUCUGCCGCCGCGCGGGGUCGCCGCCCCAGGCCUGCGCGCCGGACGAUCGGGUCCUCUCGGAUGCCGCGCGCGGCCUGUAGGGGCCGCCGUAGCCCCUUCACCGGGAGAGGUCGGGCGUCUCCUCGGCCGGAAUGGACUUGGAGCGACUGGGCGGCCGCGCCGUUGGGCGGUAUUUAUUUGUUCCUGGGAGUGAGUGAGUGAAUGUGUGUAUGUGUGUGUUUGCGGGGCUGGGGGUCCCCGGAGCGCCUUGCAGACCCCCUACCCGGAGGCAGGGCCCGGGCGGCCAGCCCCAGGGGAGCGGGUGGUUGUGAACUGCUGCUCCCCGCCCUCCUCCGCUUCCUGUUCCAUGUGAGCAAUAAAGUUGGACAAGGCCACA